AGCAUCAGGAGAGAAGCAUUCAGACGAUACAGAUGAACACGUGUGUAAUGAUGUUUACACAGACAACGAAACAAACAGAUGGUCGCUUGAGAAAAUGUGUCCAGUGUGUUUGAUAUCAGACUAUUAAACUCUCUUCAGCAGCGAUUCAGCCGUGACUCUUGUGUCAGUGUUUGUGUGACUUGAGCAUAUUUCUGUUUGGACUGACGACAGCAGCUGGUCUUCAGAAUCACUGUUUGUCCUGACAGAACGAGUCCAGAACACACACACACACUACAGGACCGGCCGUUUCCACUCGGACUGAUCUGAGAGCAGUUCUGAUCACAGUCGAAGUCAUUCACACAUCAGUGGAUUUUCUGUGUCACUUUCCUCUGACUAACUGUGUUUUGUGUGUUUCAGGUAAUGCAAUGGUCUCUGAUCUCCAGGUGCGUCAGUGUCGUUCGCUCACCCGUCGGAUCCGCUCCACUGCCCUGCAGCCAGUGAAUAUUCGUGUGGCUCGCGCCACAUAAACGGACAAGAUUGCAAAGAUCUGUCCUGUAUCGAGCAUGACGGCCACCACCCGCGGAUCGCCCGUGGGGGGCAACGAGAGUCAGAGCCAAGCGCCCGAUGCACAGAGCCAAACACUACUGCCCCACAACCAGACUCCCUCACCAAACUCGUCCAAUGAGACGUCACCCAUCAGUCCACCAGAGGAACAGGGUCAGGGUGAUGCUCCACCCACACAGGAAGAGGAGGAGCCUGCCUUCCCACACACAGACCUGGCCAAGCUGGAUGACAUGAUCAACCGGCCGCGCUGGGUGGUUCCUGUCCUGCCUAAAGGAGAGCUGGAGGUUCUGCUUGAAGCUGCUAUUGACCUCAGUAAAAAAGGGCUUGAUGUGAGGUGUGAGGCGUGUCAGAGGUUUUUCCGUGAUGGUUUGACAAUCUCCUUCACUAAAAUCCUGACGGAUGAAGCUGUGAGCGGCUGGAAGUUUGAAAUCCAUAGGUGCAUCAUUAAUAACACUCAUCGUUUGAUUGAGCUCUGUGUGGUCAAACUCGCUCAGGAUUGGUUUCCUCUGCUUGAACUGCUCGCGAUGGCAACCAACCCGCACUGCAAAUUCCACAUCUAUAACGCCACGCGUCCAUCUGAGAGCGUUCCUGCAGCCACGCAGCUCGCAGAUGAUGAGCUGUUCGCUCGCCCGCCCGACCCUCGAUCUCCAAAGGGUUGGCUGGUGGACCUCAUUAAUAAGUUUGGAACGUUGAACGGAUUCCAGAUUCUGCACGAUCGCUUCAUAAGCGGACAGGCUCUCAAUGUGCAGAUAAUUGCAGCUCUCAUCAAACCUUUCGGCCAAUGUUACGAGUUCUUGACUUUGCACACGGUGAAGAAGUUUGUCUUGCCCAUAAUUGAGAUGGUUCCACAGUUUCUGGAGAACCUCACAGACGAAGAACUGAAGAAAGAGGCCAAAAAUGAGGCCAAAAAUGAUGCUCUGUCCAUGAUCAUAAAGUCCUUGAAGAACUUGGCAUCCAGAGUCCCAGGUCAAGAGGAAACCGUCAAGAACUUGGAAAUCUUUCGGUUAAAAAUGAUCCUCAGGUUAUUACAGAUUUCCUCAUUUAAUGGAAAAAUGAACGCGCUUAAUGAAGUGAACAAGGUGAUUUCAAGCGUGUCGUAUUACACCCAUCGGCACGGCAACCCAGAGGAAGAGGAGUGGCUGACUGCAGAGCGUAUGGCUGAGUGGAUUCAGCAGAACAACAUUCUGUCCAUCGUGUUGAGAGACAGUCUUCAUCAGCCGCAGUAUGUGGAGAAACUGGAGAAGAUCCUUCGAUUCAUCAUUAAAGAGAAAGCGCUCACACUGCAGGACCUGGACAACAUCUGGGCCGCUCAGGCUGGUAAACAUGAAGCGAUUGUGAAGAAUGUUCAUGAUCUGUUGGCGAAGCUGGCGUGGGAUUUCUCUCCUGAACAGCUCGAUCACCUGUUUGACUGCUUCAAGGCGAGUUGGACUAAUGCGAGUAAAAAGCAGCGUGAGAAGCUUCUGGAGUUGAUCCGCAGGUUGGCGGAGGAUGAUAAGGAUGGAGUGAUGGCUCAUAAAGUUCUCAGUCUGCUGUGGAAUCUGGCACACAGUGAUGAUGUACCUGUAGACAUCAUGGAUCAGGCCUUGAGCGCUCACAUUAAGAUCCUGGACUACAGCUGCUCACAGGACCGUGACACACAGAAGAUGCAGUGGAUUGAUCGGUUCAUUGAGGAGCUCCGGACGAAUGAUAAGUGGGUGAUUCCGGCUCUGAAGCAGAUCCGAGAGAUCUGUAGUCUGUUUGGAGAAGCUCCUCAGAACCUCAGUCAGACUCAGAGGAGUCCACACGUCUUCUACCGUCAUGAUCUGAUCAACCAGCUGCAGCACAAUCACGCGCUCGUCACGCUGGUCGCCGAGAAUCUGUCUGCAUACAUGGAGAACAUGAGGCAGUUCUCUAAAGAGAAUCCAGGUUUUGACCCUCAGACGGUUCGAGCGGCCAGUCGCUACAGCCAUGUACAGGAAGUCCAAGAGAGACUCAAUUUCCUGCGGUUUCUGCUGAAGGACGGGCAGCUGUGGCUCUGCGCUCCUCAGGCCAAACAGAUCUGGAAAUGUCUGGCAGAGAACGCCGUGUUUCUGUGCGAUCGCGAGGCCUGUUUUAAGUGGUACUCCAAACUGAUGGGUGACGAGCCGGACCUGGACCCCGACAUCAACAAGGACUUCUUUGAAAACAACGUGCUGCAGCUGGACCCCACACUGCUGACGGAGAACGGCAUGAAAUGCUUUGAGCGUUUCUUUAAAGCCGUGAAUUGCAGGGAGGGCAAGCUGGUGGCCAAACGCAGGGCGUACAUGAUGGACGAUCUGGAGCUGAUCGGACUCGACUACCUCUGGAGGGUUGUGAUUCAAGGCAGUGAUGACAUCGCCACCCGAGCGAUAGACCUUCUGAAAGAGAUCUACACCAACCUCGGACCAAAACUGCAAGUAAAUCAGGUGGAGAUUCACGAAGACUUCAUCCAGUCGUGUUUUGAUCGGCUCAAGGCGUCGUAUGAUACGCUGUGCGUUCUGGACGGUGAUAAGGACAGCAUUAACUGUGCCAGACAGGAGGCCAUACGUAUGGUGCGUGUAAUGACCGUACUUAAAGAGUACAUCAACGAGUGUGACAGUGACUAUCACGAGGAGAGAACCAUCCUGCCCAUGUCCAGGGCGUUUCGGGGGAAGCACAUCACUCUGGUGGUGCGGUUUCCCAAUCAGGGUCGUCAGGUGGACGAUCUGGACAUCUGGUCCCACACAAACGACACCAUCGGCUCCGUCCGCCGCUGCAUCCUGUCUCGCAUUAAAGCCAACAGCACGCACACCAAAGUGGAGCUUUUCAUUGGAGGAGAGAUCGUGGACCCCGCUGAUGACCGCCGGCUGAUUGGACAGCUCAACAUCAAAGAUAAAACUCUGAUCACAGCGAAGCUCACUCAGGUGAGCUCCAACAUGCCCUCCAGCCCCGACAGCUCGUCCGACUCCUCCACCGGCUCACCCGGAAACCAUGGCAACCAGUACAGUGACGGGCCCAACCCUGAGGUGGAAAGCUGCUUGCCAGGAGUGAUCAUGUCGCUGCACCUGCGCUACAUCUCCUUCCUGUGGCAGAUCGCUGACCUGGGCUGCACCUUAAACAUGCCAUUACUGCGAGAUGGCGCUCGAGUCCUCAUGAAGCUCAUGCCUCCAGAUAACACUACAGUGGAAAACCUUCGAGCCAUAUGUUUGGAUCACGCUAAACUGGGGGAGAACAGUUUGAGCCCCACGCUGGACUCGCGCUUCUUUGGGCCGUCCCCUUCACAAGUGCUCUACCUCACUGAGGUCGUGUAUGCCCUGCUGAUGCCAGCCAGUGGAACUCUGGGAGAUGAUGCCAGUGACUUCCAGUACAACUUCCUGAAGAGUGGCGGUCUGCCUCUCGUACUGGGUAUGCUCACUAGAAACAACUUCCUCCCUAACGCGGAUAUGGAGACGAGGCGCGGUGCUUACCUGAACGCCCUGAAGAUCGCCAAACUUCUGCUCACCGCUAUUGGAUUCGGCCAUGUGAAGGCUGUAGCAGAGGCGUGCCAACCUGUGGUGGAGGGCACCAACCCAGCAUCACCGAUAAAUCAGGCGACUCACGAUCAAGCUCUGGUGCUACAGAACGCACUCCAGAGCAUUCCCAACCCCGCCUCCGAAUGCAUGCUGCGCAAUGUGGCCAUCCGAUUAGCUCAGCAGAUCUCUGAUGAGAACUUCUUCCAGGCAUCAAAGUUCAUCCCAGAUAUCUGUGUGAUCCGAGCCGUGCAGAAGAUUGUUUGGGCUUCUGGUUGUGGAAUGGUCCCUCUGGUCUUCAGUUCAAACGAAGAGAUCAGCAAGAUCUACGAGAAGCGAUCUGUAUUGUCUGUUGUCCUGCAGACUAACGCAGGUAAUGAGCCGGAUGCAGAGGAUGAGCAGGUGUGCUGUGAGGCGCUGGAGGUCAUGACCCUAUGUUUCGCUCAGCUCCCUACGGCUCUCGACACGUUCAGUAAAGAGAAAGCCUGGCAGACCUUCAUCAUUGACCUGCUUCUUCAUUGCCAGAGCAAAGCUGUACGUCAGAUGGCGCAGGAGCAGUUCUUCCUGAUGGCCACCAGGUGUUGUAUGGGACACAGACCGCUCCUGUUCUUCAUCACCCUCCUCUUCACUGUUCUGGGAAGCACGGCUAAGGAAAGAGCAAAGCACGCUGGCGAUUACUUCAUCCUCUUACGGCACCUGCUCAACUACGCGUACAACAGCAACAUAAACCUGCCCAACGCCGAGGUGCUGCUCAACAACGAGAUCGACUGGCUCAAGAGAAUCCGAGAUGAGGUGAAGAGGACGGGCGAGACGGGUGUCGAGGAGACGAUUCUGGAGGGUCACCUGGGUGUCACCAAAGAGCUGCUGGCCUUCCAAACACCUGAGAAGAAAUUCUACAUCGGCUAUGAGAAAGGUGGCGCUAAUCUCAUAAAGGAGCUGAUUGAUGAUUUUAUAUUCCCGGCGUCUAACGUAUAUCUGCAGUACGUGAAGAGCGGCGAGUUCCCCGUGGAACAGGCCAUUCCAGUGUGCAGCAGUCCUGCAUCCAUAAACGCCGGCUUUGAGCUGCUGGUCGCGCUCGCUGUCGGCUGCAUGCGCAACCUUAAACAGAUCAUUGACACGCUCACAGACAUGUACUAUCUAGGUUGCGACGCGCUUACAGAGUGGGAGUAUCUGCCUCCAGUAGGGCCGCGGCCGACCAAAGGCUUCGUUGGUCUGAAGAACGCAGGAGCCACAUGCUACAUGAACUCAGUGAUUCAGCAGCUUUACAUGAUCCCGCCCAUCCGAAACGGCAUCCUGGCUAUCGAGGGCACCGGCAGCGACAUCGAUGAUGACAUGUCCGGAGAUGAGAAGCAGGACAACGAGAGUAAUAUGGACCCCAGGGAUGAUGUGUUCAGUUAUCACCAGUUUGAUGACAAGCCCUCUCUCAAUAAGGCCGAGGACCGCAAGGAGUACAACAUCGGAGUGCUGCGCCACCUGCAGGUGAUCUUCGGCCACCUCACCGCAUCCCGUCUGCAGUACUAUGUGCCCAGAGGCUUCUGGAAACAGUUCAGGUUAUGGGGCGAGCCAGUGAAUCUGAGAGAGCAACAUGAUGCGCUGGAGUUCUUCAAUUCACUGGUGGACAGUCUGGAUGAAGCACUGAAAGCCCUCGGCCAUCCCACAAUGCUCAGCAGGAUCUUGGGCGGCUCAUUUGCAGACCAGAAGAUCUGUCAGGGUUGUCCGCACAGGUAUGAGUGUGAGGAAUCCUUCACCACAUUGAAUGUUGACAUCAGGAACCACCAAAGCCUCCUGGACUCUUUAGAACAGUACGUCAAAGGGGACCUGCUUGAAGGAGCCAACGCAUACCACUGUGAAAAGUGCAACAAAAAGGUCGACACGGUGAAACGUCUCCUCAUUAAGAAACUCCCGCCCAUCUUGGCCAUUCAGUUAAAGCGCUUCGAUUAUGAUUGGGAACGCGAGUGUGCGAUUAAAUUCAACGAUUACUUUGAGUUUCCUCGUGAGCUGGACAUGGAGCCAUACACAGUGGCGGGUGUUGCGAAGCUAGAGGGCAAAGAGGUUCCGCUAGAGAGUCAGGUCAUCCCCGACAAUUCUCCAACAGAAUCCGAGCCCAAUGGCAGAUCCCGUUAUCGACUAGUGGGCGUGCUGGUGCACUCGGGUCAGGCCAGUGGCGGACAUUAUUACUCGUAUAUCGUUCAACGUCACGGUAGCUGCGGUGACGGACAGAAGGACCGCUGGUAUAAGUUUGAUGACGGUGACGUGACGGAGUGUAAGAUGGAUGAUGAUGAGGAAAUGAAGAAUCAGUGCUUCGGUGGAGAGUACAUGGGUGAGGUGUUUGAUCACAUGAUGAAGCGCAUGUCGUACCGGCGGCAGAAACGCUGGUGGAACGCCUACAUUUUGUUCUAUGAGCAAAUGGACGCAGCAGGGGGCGACAGCGAGCUGUUGAAGUACAUUUCCGAACUGACGCUCGCGCCCCAGCCAAAAAUGUCCUUGGCCAUUGAGGCCAGCGUUCGCAAACAGAAUGUGCAGUUCAUGCACAGCCGCAUGCAGUACAGCCUGGAGUAUUUUCAGUUCAUUAAGAAACUGCUCACCUGCAAUAGUGUCUACCUGAACCCUCCUCCAGGUCAAGAUCACCUUUUACCGGAGGCGGAAGAAAUAUCGAUGAUUAGUAUACAGCUCGCUGCUAGAUUUCUGUUCAGCACAGGAUUCCACACGAAGAAGGUUGUCCGAGGUCCUGCUAGUGACUGGUAUGAUGCCUUGUGCGUUCUCUUGCGUCACAGUAAGAACGUCCGCAGCUGGUUUGCACACAACGUCUUGUUUGCCUUCCCCACACGCUUCUCAGAGUACUUGCUGGAGUGUCCGAGUGCAGAGGUGCGUGGAGCAUUCGCCAAACUCAUCGUUUUCAUUGCACACUUUUCCCUGCAAGAUGGACCCUGUCCCGCCCCAGUCACAUCACCUGGCUCGUCCACACAGGCCUGUGAUAAUGUAACAUUGAGCGACCACCUGUUGCGGGCAGUGCUGAACUUACUGAGGAGGGAAGUGUCUGAACACGGACGGCACCUUCAGCAGUACUUCAACCUCUUUGUCAUGUACGCCAACCUGGGUUUGGCAGAGAAGACGCAGCUGUUGAAGUUGAGCGUGCCAGCCACGUUCAUGUUGGUGGCGUUGGAUGAGGGUCCCGGGCCUCCCAUUAAGUAUCAGUACGCAGAGCUUGGUAAACUUUAUUCUGUGGUGUCACAGCUGGUGCGCUGCUGCGACGUAUCAUCGCGCAUGCAGUCCUCAAUUAAUGGUAAUCCACCUCUGCCCAAUCCGUACGGAGACCCCAGCCUCACGGCUCCCAUCAUGCCCUUACAGCAGCUGGUGGCCGAGAUCCUGUUUGUGCGCACAAGCUACGUGAAGAAGAUCAUCGAGGACUGCAGUAAUUCUGAGGAGACGGUGAAACUGUUGCGCUUCUGCUGCUGGGAGAACCCACAGUUCUCCUCCACGGUUCUCAGCGAGCUGCUCUGGCAGGUGGCCUAUUCUUACACCUAUGAGCUGAGGCCUUACCUGGACCUGCUGCUUCAGAUCCUUCUGAUUGAGGACUCGUGGCAGACGCACAGGAUCCACAAUGUUCUAAAGGGCAUUCCUGAUGACCGAGACGGGCUCUUUGACACCAUCCAGCGCUCCAAGAACCAUUAUCAGAAACGGGCCUAUCAGUGUAUUAAGUGUAUGGUGGCACUCUUCACCAACUGCUCUGUGGCUUAUCAGAUCUUACAGAGUAAUGGUGACCUGAAGAGGAAGUGGACGUGGGCAGUGGAAUGGUUGGGUGAUGAGUUGGAGAGGAGGCCAUACACAGGAAACCCUCAGUAUAGCUACAACAACUGGUCCCCCCCAGUACAGAGCAAUGAGACGUCCAAUGGAUACUUCCUGGAACGCUCUCACAGCGCCCGGAUGACCCUGGCCAAGGCCUGUGAACUCUGCCCUGAGGAGGAGCCAGAUGAUCAAGAAGCACCUGAUGAGCACGACUCAACGCCCCCCGAGGAUACGGCCCUCUACCCUCAUUCACCUGGGACGCAAUAUCAACAGCCUAAUAAUCACCCUCAUGGGCAACCCUACACAGGCCCGGCCGCCCAGCACAUGAAUAACCCACAGCGACCCCCUCAGAGGCCUCAAGAUAGCUGGGAGGGAACCGACGAGGUGCCCCCGGUCCAGACUAAAGAGUAGCAAUCGCCCACGCCUUGCCUUGUGACCAUGUCCCGCUCAUUUAAAAGACUGCCGUGUCGGGCGAGACCAGGCCUUACAAGCACCUGCCACAGUCUCCAGGAACGGAGAAACCUUCCUCUUAACAAACUUUAUCCCACACAACUCUAGCAGUACUGCUGUCUCUCCGCUCUAUACUAGAUCUAUUCCCUGCACACUAGCUGUGCGAGAUGAACCUGGAGUGGAUUUGAGUCUCGACACGCUGCAGAGUUUGGUGCACAAACACACACACAGACAUGCUUUAUAUGUACAGCUCUUUGUGUAGAGAGGGAAUGACGUAGCGUGACGGUUCUGAAAUGGUGAUGGUGUAUAUAGUGUGCAUAGAUUCGAACUGUGGGAUAAACCCCUCCCCUUUACAUUUCCUCAGCGCUCUGCGAACUAUAUGUCCUCGAGACGUCAUCUUUAUUGUCUACAAAUACUACAGCAGCAGAAUGAAGGGAAACCCGAAGCUUCAUAUGUGAGGAUACGUUUGCAGUGCUUUUUUCCGUCGGGUGGAUGUUACGCCAAGACUGACAAAACGUGACCUCCAUCAGUGACUCGAGGGUUUUUGGUUCAACUUUUGUCACUACUAAUUUAGAAGGCGUAUGAAUUUUUCAUGUUUUUCUCCUUUUCGUUCAUCAGGAAGUUUUUGGCCUUUCAGGAGUUUGAGAUGAUCUUCUGUUUGGAGUUUGAACACCACUGCAGCUCUGUCACUUUAAGCAGCCGCACUGUCGUUCAUCCACUUUAAACUCAUUAGCAGUUGGAGAGAUAAAGUGGCUGUAAAUUUGCACAUUUACUCUGCAAACUAAAUAUUCACUGGCACUUAAUAACUCAUUGUUUAAUAGGAAUUUUAAACAGGCUAGAAAGUGUAACUCAUCUUAUUUUGCCACAUUGGCCUAGUUCUGAGUGUGCCUCUUGGCCCCUCCCACUUCCUCUGUCCCUGUCCAAUCAAAAUGCAGCCACGGUCACACUACUCCCAAUCGAGGAGAUUUACAGAAAGGUUGUUAGUGUGGCGUGCCCCAGGAUUCAUCAACAGCACAUACUUUACUGGAUUAAUAGAGUGUGGCUCUCAGUUCUCUGAAGUACCAAAAAAAAAACCUGCAAAAGAUUUUUGAGCCCACCAUAUUUUUGUUGUUUUUCUUCGAUAGAGGUUAUUUUGUUGAAUUUAAAAAGAGAUUGUUUGAAUGCAAAGCAGUCUGUCCUUGUGUUAUUUUUAAGAGGAUAUUUACUGUAUAGAGUCCUGUUUGUGCCGACUGUAGUUUAGUGUGAGGUUGGAUUCUAGAGCUGCUUUAGCCAUGUGAACUUUUCACUUGAAGGUUUCUUUCUUUUCCUGCACAGACAUAUAAUAACAGACGCAUUGCACCACUAGAAACAAUAAAUUAAACAUUUAAAUGCAGGCUUGACUUUUUAUUAGCUCUGAUGGUUUCUAUAAGGUACAUUUUGUAAAUACCUAAUGCACGCAAGAACAUGUAGACACGAGUUACAAAUACACACUAAUGCGUGCGGGUGGAUUUUAUUCAGUAGACGGUAUUGCAUUAGUUAAUGCAUUAUAGAAGAUGCAUUGAUUUGCAGAAGGUUAUCCUGAAACAUCUGCCACAACUGAAGCAGAGGCCUACAGACACCGAGACAGACUGGAGGAACCUAAACGGGAUGCUUGGUAACGAGGGGUCGGGCAUUUCCACCAUAUGGAUCCAGUGCUCUGGUGAUCCAUCAACACUACUGGUCAUCUUCUCUCAGGCCGUCUGUUAAGAAUACUUCCUCCUCUUUGACCGAGAGCUCACAGGCUUAAUUUUUCUGCAUUAUUUUUAUUGCUUCUUCUCUCUGCAUUUUCUUUUUGUAAAUGUCUCUUCAGUUUUGCCUUCCCUUUUUGAAGUUUAAUUUUGUUGAAAAAAAGCUCUUUUUGUGAAACGUGCAUGGAUAAUAUUCCUCAAUCUGCCUUAGAGCACUGUACAAACCCAGCACACUGUAAAAUUAUACUUUAAAGGUAAAACAAUAAAUGGUAUUUGAAUUCUU